AACAAAGCAAGACCCGCCAGCUCUAUGAAGCGGUACAAGCCUACAAGCCACAAGAAGACGGGACGGCGCGAGGUAAACAAAAGGAUAGUCAGUUCACUGCUGAACACCGUCACCACAUGCUUGCCUGCCGCCUGCCUGAGUGUUGUGGUGGUUGUGUUUCUCUCCAGUAAUGAGAUGAGUGAGAAGGUAAGGAGAGGCCAACUGUCUUAUUGGGUCAGUCUGAAAGAUGGAGCUGAAUCUGUGGAUCCCAGGCUACAGAGAAACUCCUCUGUCUUGGAGGCUAUUCCAUAUUUCUGCACUACAGCCAACUUACAAAGUGCUGUGGUAUAUUUGUCACAAGAACUACAGGGAAUGGGGCUUGGAUGUCCACUCAUUGAAACUGAGGGUCAGAGAGUCAAUCUUGUGGCUCUAGUGAAUGCCUGCUGGGAAGUGACACAGCUGUAUCGAGCUUCAGUGCGAGAUACCAGUUCUCUUCAGGAGCAGCACAGAAGAAAUGCUGCUGAUAUCAACCAUUUUCAGACUAGCAUCAAGGAUCUUCGUGGUGAAGUGAACGAGAAAGAGCGGUUAAUUGGUGAGGCUCAGGAGAAAGAACGUCGGGCCACUAUUGGCAGCAGGUCCCUGGCUACCAAACUGAAAACAGAAAAGGAAGAGGUGCGAAGACUAAACAGCAUUUUGCAGCAACGAGAAGCUCAACACCAGCAUGAACUCAAGAAGAAGGAGAUGGAAAAUGAUCAGUUGAAGAAUCGCCUCCAUCGACUGAUAUCAGCAGAGAUUCGGCAACCUGCUGUCACCCUCUCAGCCAAAAUGACCAGAGCAAACCGUUCUCGGGCUAAAUGGAAGACUGAAGCUUCUAGUGCAAGACAUGAGGAGGAGUUGUACAAGCAAGUGUUGGGUCACUAUGAAGCAUGUGUUGCACAACUUACUGAUGAGAAUGACCAGCUUAAAUCCAGCCUUUUAAGAAUAUCCUCUCAAAUGGCUAAAAUAGGAGAAAAGUACUGCAAGGUUGAUACUCAAGAACUGCCAGUUGGUGACAUGAAUAUCUCCAUGACAUCAUCAGCAUUCAGCACAGACAGCUUAGAGAAUUUUGUUACAAACCAGGAGUUUUCUGCUUGUAAAGAUCGGCUACAGGAAACCUUUGAUAAGAACAUAAAGGCUUUGAUACAAUUUCUUGAAGAGGCUCAGAAGACUGAUAACAAUGAUGAAAACCAGCUGAAAGAAGAUCUGGAAGAUUUAAAAAGGCAGCUGAAAGCUACAAAUGAGGAACUGACAACUUACAAACUAGCAGUUGAAAAAUAUGACCCUGAGAAAGCUGGAGAAGUAGAGUCAUCAUUCUUGGUGGAAGGAAGAAAUAUAGAGGAAGAAGCUUUCUUCGAGAAAGAAAGGCAAAAUUUAAUGAAAGAGAGAGAAAUUCUGGAGAACGAAAAAAGAAUAUUUACAGAAGCAACCAUCAGGUUGAAUAGAGAAAGAGCAUCAUUUGAGGCUGAGAAAGCCGAGUUGCUGAAGGAACAGUUCCUGCAGGAUCUUCCAGCGACACUGGAAGCUGACCUGAUUGCUGGAGGUCAUGAAAGUGGUGGAAGCCUUUCAAGUGGAAGCAUUGGAGAAAUUUUCGACUCUCCACAGUGCAUGGUAGCUGUCCCUAAUAUCACUUCACCGAGUAGAAACAUCACAUAUAUUGAAGGGCCCCCGGUUGUGCUCAGCCCUUCAAGACUAUCAAAACAGCAACAACACUCCAGCCGUGGCUUAUCAAAUAGAAUGAGCUAUGGCUUCAAGUCAGCCCCAGCCAGCAGAGCUUCCUCCUCCUCAAGACAAAGUGAGGACAAAAGGAACACCUUACAUGGAGCCACUGGCACCCGUCCGCCCAGUGGCACACGGCCCCGCACAUUGGAGAGGACGCGGCGUAAAUCUUGUUCUGUUACAAGGACUCCACUCAGCAAAAGCAAGAGUCAGAGUCAAGGCAGUUUAGUUAAAGAAAGUAGUAAGACAGGGGAGGAGGAGGAAACAUCUUAUAAUUCUGAUUAUUUUUUGAACUCUACAAAAGUGAAUCUCCAACAUCAUAAGGAUUAUCUUGAUUUUGUUAGAAGAGAUAGAGUGUAUUCUGAUUCUCAGAGUUAUCAAAGAGAAAUGUCUCCAUAUUCCAAGAAGUACCCAGGAUUACCAUUAGCUGCACAUAAGGAUAUAAGGCAAGAUGUACACUCUCAAGAAAAUCUGUAUGAAACAAAUUCAGGAAUCUAUAAAGCUGACAGUAGUUCCAUAGAUGCCCUGGAGGCUGAUCUAGCAGAGUUGUUAGAGCAGCAGGUGGGGCCUCAACAUGAGACAGCCUCAGGCCCUGGUCCUGAUGUGUCCUUUAAUAGAGUGACUCUCCCAAAAUCCAAGCCCAGACCCAAGGUCUUUUCUCUUCUCCGAACUGCACCAAUUAAUUUGUUCAGCAGUAGGAGAUCUAGUCAGGAUUUUUCUGGUACAGAAAAAGGCGAGAAGGUGCAGAAAACGUCCAAGAAAACAGGACAUUAGUCAUAUAUGCAUGUAGAAUUAAGCCUUUAAUCUAUUUAUUCAUUGCUACUUAGGGAUGGUUUGGUUGUAUAAUCUGUAAGCUUGUUGGAAGAAUACUGCCUCCAUAUUGUACUCAUGAUUGAAGGUAACUGGAUCUUUACUUAUACAAAGAGGCUAGGAGUGUCAGGGCUUUAAGGGAAUCUCAGUGUAGUAUGAAAAUAGAAUAAGUAAAUAAGUCAUUAUUAUUAUUAUUAUGAUUGCUGUUGCUGCUACCACUAUAACUACUACUAUCACCAUUGUUACUUCUGUUUCUUUAUGUAAAUUUCCUCGAUUUGAUGUUUCCUACUUUAUAUAAAUUAUUUGAAUAAUAUUGAAAUUCUGUUCUAUUUAUUAGUGUUUGUGUGCAUAUAUAUAUAUACACACUGUAAUUACAUGUAUUAUGUUGAUCAUGAUUUGCCUUUUCCCUGUUACACUUUAAUUGGUAUUUUCAUAUAAAGCUGUUCAUAUUAUAGCUCAGACCUUACCACUAAAUAUCUUCCACACAUCUUCCAAUCACAAAUAUGCCAAAUAUGCAAAUAAUAAACAAAGUGUUGUCAAGAGUUGCAUUGUGUGAAAGACUGAUGCGAUUUUUUUUUUUUUCCAUGUACAUCUGGCUGUCCCACAUAAUUAUGUAGGGCAGCAGACAAGAAAACUGAAAUGUAUGAAUCUAUACUUAUCAUCCAAUGCCCUAAGUCUCCCCUCUCUCUCUCUCUCUCUCUCUCUCUCUCUCAAUGAAAUAUGUCAGGAUGUAAAUUCUAGUCUUCAUUUUACAGGUAUCCUCUGAGUAUUUCAGCAUAGGUGUGUUGAUAACAUUGGUUUUGUCUGUGUUGUUGAUGUGGUGCAAGGAAAUGAUCUCAAUAUGUAAUGUUAAUGCCUGUAGAUGCCAUCUUGUUCAGAUCACUGUCUGUACUCUCCAUAGCAGUGAAAAUUUAGUAGUAUUUACCUUCUUGCUAUUUGACCUGCACUUUCAUGUUUAUAAUCCUUGAAGAUAAUCAUUGAAUAGCAAUUAACAUAUAGUAUUAGGUAUUGUUUAAACCUUCUAGUCAUGCAUAGUAUAUGAUUUUUUUGUUAGAAAUGUGCCUUAGGGGCAGUCCAUCUCUGUGUACCUUAUUAUGUUAAUCAAUGAUCUACAAAAUAUUCAUCUGAUAUAACAGUUAAUGAUCUGAACACUUCACUGCCCUUAUUCAUAUGCAAGACCAGCCUCAUACACCUCAUGGACUAGCUGGCAGUCUAAGAGACUGCCACUCAGAUCUUUGAAUGUUCCUGGACGGGACUGUGGAUAGAAAUGUUCUACUAUUUUAUUCUUAUUGCAUAUCUACAACUUGGAAUAAUGGGAAAGUAUUAGAAACCUAUAUGAAAUUACAUUAUGGAAACUCAUCAUACUUGCAGCCCAAAAAACAAUGAGCUUGAGUGGAAUAGAAUUAUUCAUUAUUGUAAGACAUAGUUUAAUUUUCAUAUUAAAAAUUUAUGUAGGAUGUAAAUAUUUAGUUGUGUUGUACUUUCCUUAGAAGUAUUAAGACCCAGACUUACUUUUAUAUAUUGAUAGAAAUAAAUCUUUUUAUAAAA